AUGAUUAAAAAUAUUUUAUUAUUUUUAAUUUUUUAUAAUAUUUAUAUAUCGUAUGCUGCAAAUAUUACAAGUAUAACAUUUAAUGGGAAUGUUACUACCAUUAGUGGAAUAGACAUUGGUAGCACAACGAAAAUAAAUGUUUUAGUUAGUAUCGAGGGUAGUCCUGCAACCAUUCAAAUCUCUGACUUCACAGCCAAUGGUGGUGCAUUGCAAUUUACGAUUCCAUCUGCUGUCGGUGUAAGAGGUACCAUUCAGUUGGAACCGAGUGGAGUCCAAGCCGAUUGGAAUCCAUUGCCUGUUGUCAGCUCUGUCAGUACCGCUCCGAUCUCUGGUGGUACAAUCACAGUGAGUGGUAGCUAUCUAUCGUCUGGCAAUGAAGCAGAUGCAAACAAAUCGACAAUAACAUUCCCACAUGGCAAAGUAAUCCAAGAGUACCAGAGUUCAUCGCUUUCAAAGGUUGCCUAUUUCACACUGACACCGAGUGUUGCCAUUCUUUACUCUGGUGUUAAUAUCCCACUUACUCUGACUGUAAGAGGAUUGAAUCAGACCGUUUUGUUCUCCUUUGAUAAACCAAACAUCACCGGUGAAUCAUAUAUUAACACUGGAAUAGUAUUGAACGGUGUUAACUUAGGUACCAAUGCUUCAUUAGUUCAAUUGUAUACAGACCAGACAAAAAUAACCAUUUCUAUAAAUGGAAAUGUUAUCGAUAAAAUCUAUACUUUAACAAUACAAAUACAAGUUCUAGGAUAUUAUCAAAUUCAUGAUAAAGGAUACCUUUUAACCAAUGUUCCCUUGACAAAAGCUGGAAAAGUAUUGAUUCAAAGCGAGGAAAGUGAUUUCAAUCCAUAUACCUCUCCAUCAGAGCAGGGUGUAUCUUUCUCGUUACCAUGGGAUGCUACUAUCGGUAAUACCACUAUGACAUUAAACAUUGGUGCUGGUACCAGUAUUAAAAACUUGACAUUCGGUGAUAUCCCAUGUUCGAAUACCUACACACAAGGAUACAACCAAUUGGUUUGUACCGUUGGAAAUGGAACUGGUUCCAAUCUGCCAGUUCUUCUGGUCUAUAAUAAUGGUGUGACAAAUCCAGCUUCCGAUAAAUUGUUCUUUAGCUAUCAAGCACCCACUGUCCAAGAUGUUGGAAUCAACGAGAACAACUUGACUAUCAAUGGUACCAACUUUAACUACCCUCUUUCAGUAGUGGCAACUAUCAACUCCACUAUGAUCACGUGUACCAAUCCCUAUGUAGAUUCAUUCUCUCAGAUUUAUUGUACGUUCGACAGAUCGAUUGGAACACCUGAUAAAAUUUACUUGAACAUUACUGUUGGAAAUCAAUAUAUUGCUGAUGAUUAUAUUUUGGGAGCAUCAUAUGGUAUUAAAUUAAAUAUUAAUUUCUCAAUUUCUUUUGCCAUUAUAAUAAUAUUACUUUCUUUUAUUUAA